AUGAAGACCAACCUAAACAUGAGUUCUAUAAGAGAAAAAAGUUGUCUCAGUGUGUGUCAAAAGUCUAAUAUAAUAUCCAAAAAAUCAUGCUCCCAUGUCUCAGUUUCUCGACAAGCAGCAGAAUCUGACAAAUGCGAUCAGAAAUGCUGGGAUGGCUAUGUUGCUUCGAGUAUGGAAAUAUACACCCAGGGGGAGGACAUUAAAAAUGAUGAAGCCGUUGACCAGCAAGACUUGCCACAUGAUGGAAAUUCUCAGUUUCUAAAGCAGCCAUCAAUCUCUGUAGAUUCUGGCACAACUGGGGAUAUGGAAUCUAUCUAUAACUUUGCAUCAAACUUGGAGACAAUUUUUUCUCCUGUUCUUGAGCCCAUUGACGUCAACAGUGUGCUACAUAUAGAUGAUGAUCCAGGGAGUAACAACAAUCUUAACGUGCCAGAUUUGGGUACUGAUGACUGUGAUGAUAACAGAAGCUCAUGUGAUUAUCAAACUUGCAACGUGUCAGAUUUUUUUAUUUCUGACAUGAUUAUUGCUGGCCUACCAUUUGAUGGGAACACUGUCGUCAAUGAUUUCACUGAUGCCAAUCCUUUUCCUGAUUAUAAGUGUGCUGAGCCAAGUAUGUUGUUCGAUGUGGCUGAGGAGUGCAUGAUACUACCUUUUCUUGAGGAUACUGCCAAAGUGAGCGACUCCGAUGUUAUGAAAUCAUGUGAAGAAGCCAUGAUAGAUUCAGAUAAUGGUAGCUUAUAUCUAGCAAUUAAUCAGAUAAGAUCUUGUGAUCAGGAAUCUGAUCUAAAUACUGACUCAGACCAAGCAGAAGACUUUGAUCCUCAGUUCUUCAUAAAAAAUUUACCGGAAUUAUCUGACGUGGUUUCAAAUUUUCGGCCCUCUAUCAGCCCGAAGGAGUCUUGCAGAAGAAAGUCCGUAACCCUAGUGCUUGAUUUGGAUGAAACACUUGUCCACUCAACAUUGGAACAUUGUGAUGAUGCGGACUUCACCUUUACUGUGUUUUUCAAUAUGAAAGAGCACAGGGUGUACGUUAAACAGAGGCCUCACGUCCACACUUUCUUGGAGAGAGUUGCAGAGAUGUUUGAAGUUGUUAUCUUCACAGCUAGCCAGAGCAUCUAUGCAGCCCAGCUUUUGGACACACUGGAUCCUGAUAGAAAGCUUAUAUCUCAGCGGCUUUAUCGUGAAUCAUGUAUUUUUUCGGAUGGAAGUUACACAAAAGAUUUGACAGUUUUAGGUGUUGAUCUUGCCAAAGUUGCCAUAAUUGAUAAUUCUCCACAGGUUUUCAGGUUGCAAGUAAAUAAUGGGAUUCCUAUUAAGAGUUGGUUUAGUGAUCCAUCAGAUUGCGCACUAAUUUCAUUACUACCCUUCUUAGAGACCUUGGUUGAUGCUGAUGAUGUCCGGCCCAUCAUUGCAAAGAGAUUUGCUCUUGGUGCUUGGACCCUUUCUUUUCUCCUCUCGUCUGACAACUCCAGGGGGUGCUCUAUCUAA